UCAAAAUGGCUUCCAUGGAAUUUCUGAGGAACGCCGAGCAGUGAUGCAGACACGCUUAAAUUAAAAACACACAGUAAGUAAUAGAUAUGGCAACUGGAGGGCAUCAUCCAUUUAAAACUGCGGCCACAGAUCCGAGACCAAGGGGAGGCUGGCAGAGAACUACUAGUGCUUCUGAUAAAGAUGAUAAUUUUAGUAAUCAUAGCAAUCAGCUGGAACACCGCCCUAAUAACUGGGACUUUUCUGACUGGAAGCCAAGGGCUCCCAUAGAUAAUACUAAACGCAGAAAGAAAGGCAAUCCAGAAAGAGAGAGGGAGCAGUCAUUAUGUCUCGACUCACCACCCCCCUCUGAAAAAAUUCGUCACACGCCUUCUACUUAUCCUCGCACUCGAAUUACCCCAUCUACACCAACCUCUCAAAGAGUAGCUCUUGAAAAUCUGCGUCAGCAGUUAACUUUCAGUGAUCAAGAAGAUCAGGUGAGCAAUGAUAGUGGAAAGAACAAUGAGAGAAAUAUGCCGUCAAGGAGGGCCAACAUCCCAAACUUUAUGAGGCAGGACGUGUCACGCUCCAGUGAAGAGCUGGCACCAACCAGAGAAUCAGAACCACGCAUUUCACGUAGUAUGUACUCAAAGAGUGCUCGGGAUGAAACACCAACACUUGAUGGGACUGAUGGAGGACAGAUUGUUGGGAGACUAAUGCAAAUUCGAGAUUACAUCAAACAAGCCAAGUCCAUGAUGGAUGCUGUAAAUAAAUCUGGUUCUCAGGCUGAGGAUGUGGGAAAACUCAAAAAACUGCUGGAGAAUUUGCAAGAACAAGAAAAGGCAUAUUUGUCCCUGCUUCAACAACUUUUGUCAAUGAAGGAGGACUCGGCUUCCUUACUGGACUCGGUAAACCAGCGUGACCAGCCUACCAGACCAGACACGGCCGAGGACACUCAGUCUGUCGAGUUUGAUCUCCAGUCUGAGACCUCAGAGGCAACCACUAGUAUGCAGUAUCGACUUUUGGCCAACACAGAAGAUGUUCUGUAUAAUCAGCUGAACCAGGGACGAGGCAGCAGCCGAGGUUCGCGUCCUCAGAUUGAGGAGCGACUUGGGAUGUUUGAGGUGGAGGACCAGGAUGAGAGGACCUCACUCAUGUCAGACAUUGAAAACGCUCUAAUGCGGAACACUGACAGUUCCCCCAGACAAGAACUGGAGUGGGAGGAUGAAUAUGGUGUAGAUGCUGAUGUUGAGGAGCUUGCAGCAGCGGGAGGUGAUGUGGAGGGUUUACAGGCACUGCUGUUACAGGAGAAACUCCUCAAAAAAUUAAAGGAACAACAAGAACAGAUGCAGACUCUCAAAGGCAGACAAGCCGCAUUACUUGCCAUACAGAAAGAUGCAGAAAAGAAAUUAGCAGAGGUUCGAGAGCGAGGAAAUCAAGCCUCAAGAGGAGUACAAAACAUCCCUGUAGAGAUACCAGUAGAAAUUAACAACCCAGGGAGGAAUGACUCCUCAUCUGAGCUGAAUUCAAGGAGAAAUUAUUUAAGAAAUGAGUUCAAAGAACAGAACACAGAUUUAAUGGAGAGACAGAGUAAUCCGGAGGUAGAGGCGGCUGCCGCUGCUGCCACCAGUGCCCUGGAGGAGGACAGACAACUGCUGAAAGACAAGCUGAAGGAACUGCAGGAUAAGAAACAGAAAAUGGACACCCUGCUGCACGAACUGAACUCCUUACGUAACGAGAGGAGCGAGGUCAUGACACAGCUUAAUAAUGCUUCAGCUAACAUUCCUCAGGCCAAAAGUUUGCCUCCACCUCCAAGACCCUCUGCCUCUGGUGUACGUUUAAAUGCAGGAAUAGCAUCAUUAGCAGAGGCAGACCAAACAGCUGCUGAGGCUCAGGAAUUACAGAGUAUACUAGAGGCCAGGGAAAAACUCCAAAAGCUUCAAGAAGUAAAGGAAAGGCUGAAUCAGCUUCGUGGACUUGUACAGUAUUACCAGACUUCUACUGCUGCUGGGGAAAUUCCUGCUGUGGAUGAAAGGACAGCAUUCCAGAACAUGAUAGAGGGAUAUGGACAGGGAAUACCUGCCCAAAACAUUAUACAAAGUCAGGCGUCUGGUGGAGUAGAACCCCAGGCCAGCACUGUAUCAAAGUCAGAUGAGGACAAUCGCUCUCAGUCGGACAGUUCAGAGUCCGAGUCCAAUCUCUCUAGUCUGGGACCCUGGGGAGAUGACCCAGAAAUACAGGAAAAAGUCAGGAAACUGAAGGCUGCAAAAGAGAAACUGAAGCAGCUUCAGGGCAUUGUGUCCAUGGUACAACAUACACCAGACGCAGCACAAGCUCUCCCUGACAGUAUUACAGAACUAGCUGCCACACUGGAAGUGGCACAGCCAGAGUACACUGAAGAAGACGAUAAAAAUGAAGCAAGUGAAGGGGAAGUGCCAAACAGAGCAGAAAGAGAUUCUUUCUAUGAAGCCAAAAUGCAGGAACAACUCCAAGAGCUGGAGCAGCUGAGGGAUGAAAGACAAAAGUUACUGGCAAUCCAGCAGGAGUUACAGUCCCUGCAUGAUAGAUUCACUGUGGAGAGAGAGGAAGGUCAGGAGGAGGAGGAGGAGACUGAGGUGAAGACAGAGAAACCCAGGAAACAGGAGGACACGGUGGACGCCUCAGCACCUCAGGACGAGGAAGUCAGCAGUGAACGGACACGCACCAGUGUCCCCGUAGUCACAUUUUCCUCCAAUGAUGAAGUGUAUGGUAAGAUGAGAAAACAGAGGAUGCUGAGAGAGGAGCUGAGACAGAAGAAGCGGGAGCUGGAGGCCAUUAUGAAGAAAGACGGCAGUCGUAAGCAGUACGGCAAGAACCAAGACAACCAGAGUGACACUGUCUCAUACACAACAGAUGCUUUCGGAGUGAGUGCCAGUGCUGAUGCUACGAUGGCUACCUGGGGGGGAUCCACGGUGGAUAAUCUGGAGAGUAUUACAGAGGACGAUGACGGACAACAGGGAGCAAACAUGGAGGAGGAGGAAGAUGAUGGAUAUCCCAGUGAUGGUAUUUUACAAGUAGAAGAAGAAGAGGAGGAGAAUGAUUCUGACAACAACACUUACACUAUAGAGAAUGACGUCCGACAGCGAAGACAGGCCAGGGAACAGCAGAGGAAGAAAAUCAAGUCAUCCAAACAACAGACCUUCCCAAGGUCCAAGGAUGCCAAAGGGGCAAGGCCAAAGUCCUAUCGCAGGAGAAUGAAACAGGAGAACUACAGAGCUCCUGAGGAUAUCAUUCAGGAUGAUGAGGACAAUGGCACCCCCAUGUCGUCCCCGGGGGGAGGGUACGAUAAUCUACAGCAGCAGCUGGAGAGGACAGCCACCCUCUGUCAGAAUCUGCUGGCCAAUCAGAGCAGCAGUAUGAUGCAGGCCAACCUUAACAAUACAGGCUUUGGUCUUCAUGGCCCUGACCCUAAUACAUUACAGCAGCAAUUACAACAACAACAAUUAAUGCUGACCUUAAAUCAAUGCCUACAGCAGAUAACCAUGCAGCAAGUGGAAAUGCAGAACAUGCAGAGACAAAUGCAGAAUCUGUCUUUAAUGUUUGAGCCCUCGGUCCUGGACCCCAGAUUCCCUGCCCUGCAGGCUCCGUCAGAAGACCCCACAAGAUACAGGUCCCACACAUCCCUGCCCUCAGGGCUUGACUCUAGGGGCCUAACUCCAAAUGCAUCAGUAGGAUUCAAUUUUCAGCCCAGACCCAUUCCAAACAGAAGUAACGAGAAUCUGCUGCUGAGUGAAGCUGCUGGAGGGAUCAAUGUCACAGAGGUGUUUGCAUACAACAGACCAGAGGCUGCGGAGCAGAGUAACGUAGAACAACAUCGCAGAGGAGUACGUAACAAGAGCACCUCUGUAGGACAGAGUAGUGCUGACAGGAGCGUGAAGCGUAAGACGUCCAGUCUCUCUGACCGUGGCCGGAGACAGACGUCGCAGGCACAACAGUCCAGUUUUACCGAGAGCCCUGAUGUAGUUCCACCUCUCAACUUACAGGAAAUACUCAGGAGAAAGAAAAUGCAAGGUCAGAAUACCCAGAGUGAAUGGUCUACUAUGUCUCUUGCCUCAAGUAAACAUGGUGAGAAUACAAGUCCAGAUUCCAGAAGCAGGGGGCAAAGAGGUUCAGGGGUCCUCAAUAGGGAUUAUCGCCCUGGUCUUAGUGCAGGGAUCAGCGGGGCGGGGUUCCAGUUAGAAAACAGCAGUAUUGCCAGCACUGUAUCCAACAGAUUGCAGGCUGAAUCUCGAGCACAAGAAAACAUGGGUCAAGAUUUCAGUCUUUCCAAUGAGCAGACUGAGUUUUCCCUGUUUGAGACUCUGAGAGAAUCCAUCUACUCUGAAGUAGCCAGUCUGAUCUCUCAGAACGAGAACAGACCUCACUUCCUGAUAGAGCUCUUCAGGGAGCUCCAAGUCCUGACCACUGACUAUCUACGUCAGCGGGUUCUCUACAGCAUCAGGGACAUUGUCUCAAAGCAUCUAACUGAACAGGCCAGCACCAAUAACUCAGUCCUGGAAGCACCCCCUCCUCCCUGGAUGAAUGCCCAGUCUCUGUAUAACUACACUGCCUCAGAACUUACUCCCAGUGAAAGCCUGAUGACUGAGGAAGAAGAGGAAGUAGGGGCUAAAGCAAAAACUGGACUACCCUCAAGAAAUAGUCAGUCUACUUUAAAUAGAGGCCAAUCCCUGCAGAACAAUCCCUUUGAUUAUGAGGAGAAUGCUGACAAUGACAGCUCCCUGUCUACCCCCUCCAACAGUUACUGGGAUAGUCCCUUUAAUCAGGAUUAUCUGGGGGACACUGUCAUCAAUCUAGACAAGGCCCUGGCAAGAAUGAGGGAGUAUGACAGGAAGAUAGCUGAGGGUGAGGCCAAUGCCAGAGCCCUGACCCAGCAGAGAGAACAGAGGGAGCAGGCCCUGAUGAGGGGAGCAGAACCAGCCAGUAGUUCAGCUGUAGAUCAAGGCAGUGAGAGCUCAUUCUCCUCUAUGUCGUAUCCAAAGAUAGACACUCAGCAGUUAGAUCAUCAGAUAAAAGGCAUCAUGAAGGAGGUGAUCCCAGUGAUCAAGGAGAAUAUGGACAGUGUGUGUUCUACUCAGCUCCUGGCUUACAUCAAACGAUUAGUUCUCUCCCUGGCCAGACAAGGGGAGGAUACUCAGUACUCCAGAUUCUUCAGCAAUCAGAUGUCCUCUACACUACAAGACACGCUGGCUAAGUACGAGGGCAGAAAGAUGAGACAAUGUGGUGAGGAUUUGUUGGUGGACAUGUCAGAAGCUCUGUUUAAUGAGCUGGCUUUCUUCAAGCUAAUGGAGGGACUGGGAGAACCAGCCUCCUACUCAGCUGACGAGUACUGCUCAGCUGCCACACAGACUCCAGGCUUUGAUGAUGAUGACACUGGGUUAGAACAGCCAGGUAAGACAGAUGAGUCGGACACGACAGAGACGGUGACGGACGAGGACGGAGAGACCCUCAACUCCUCAGUCAGGGUCAACGACAAAGAGGAAGAGGAAAACCUUGGAAAGGCAAGAGAUGAUGCACUGGCCAAUGAAGUACUUAUCCAGGACUCGGAGGAUAAAGAUGAUGACAGUGAAUUUCCUUAUAAGACAUCUCCAGUACAGAUAGAAUUAGCUCCCAGUGAGACCAAACCUUUCACCAGGAUCGGAAGCGAUGAAGACGAUGAGGAUGCUGAUGAGUCUCAGAGUGCUGAUGAUCCCUCUGAUACAGCAGUGUCACACCUGAUGGAGUGUUCUAUGGAGGGAGACGGAACAGUGGACGAGGAUUACGUUCCGGACGAAAACGACGAGGACCAGGGGGCACGCAGUGAUUCUACUUCUCCCCAGAAAGACACGCCCACUCCCGAAAAAGCCACACCCACCAAAGAUAGCCCUGCCAAGGAACCUACUUCAAAUGUUCAGGUCAAUGGACAUAUGGAAGAGGAAAAUGAGAUCACAGUAGAAGAUUUACCAACAGGAAAUCUGAACGUCUCAAAAGAACAAAUAGAGAACAAAAUGAAUGAAGAACAACAGAGUAAUGGAGAUGUCAAUGCAAUUUUAUCCACCAUGGAUGGGAAGGAGGAGCUAGCUGGUGAUGGACAGUUCCUCAAGGAACCUCCCACUGCUUAGUGUGGUCUUGGCUGGGUGGCCAUUGUUCAACGAUAGAGGUAGUUCUGCCAAAGAAGCUUUUCUGAUAGAAAUAAAAAUGCACACUUUGUGCAAGGAAUGUUAAAUGUUUAAGGAAAUUGUUACUUUGUUAAUUCUAUUUAAGACUUGAUAUAAUUGACAAUUGAUGUCAAAUAAAUUAAUUGUUUCAUUGUGUUUUUAUUAAAAUGCUAGUUGAGAUACCAUUGUAUCCUCUGUCCUGAUACUUUAUAUACUUUUUCUUCUGUUGUAAACUCAUAUUAAAAAUUUGACAAUGCCAACAUUCAGUUAAUAAAACUUAAUAAAACAAGACUUUAGUCUAAAUGAGCAUGUACCUUCAUAAAUUUUAUUAAUGUUUCUUUCUAUCAAAGACCAAGUGUGUGCAAUUUAUAGUUUAUAAGCACAUUGACACAUGAAUUCAUCGUUUUCGGCUUUUCAAUCAUAUACAUGGAAAAUACAGGGUUUGAAAUGUAACAUUUAUUGUGCACAGUGAACAUUUCAUCUUAAAACAUGCUAUGAUAACCACACUGGCAUUGGUAUAUUUGUUUAUGAAUGGGACCAAGAAAUACUGUUUAUGUAAUACGGGGGAGGUGAUGUCAAAAUGAGCAAUUGUGUAUCUAAAUAUCAUUGGUCACCUGUACAUCUUUAAUGAAUUUUUUCACAGUUUGUAAAUAUACUGUAUAUGUGAGAAUGAAAUAAUUUUCUGUUGAAAUUAAAUAAAAACAAAAUUUUUAUCAAAUUGUAUAUCAAAAUAAUGUUUGUUGUUCGUAUAGUAAAUUACCUGUCAAUUUUAUCAAAAUUUACCAUGUGAUACUUGUGCAUAUUACAUGCAUUAGAUGUAGAAUCUCAAUAUUAAUUCGUUAAGAUCUGUAAUUAUUUGCUGAUGUUAUACAAUAUCUGUGAAGGAGAACCAACACAUUCCAUUAUUUUGUUGUGAUAUUAUAUCUGACACAUCAUCUAGGUCAUCCGUCCACAAAAUGUUCACUCUUUAAAAUAUUUUUACUGAAUUACAAUCAGAGGCUAUAUCGUAUCAAGUUGCAAAAUGUUUAUUUUGUUCCGUAUUGUAUAUUUCUUUGUGUGUGUGUUUUUUUUUUUAAAGUUGUGCUACUUAAGAUUAUAGGGUUGUCAUUUGUUAAUAACUUGGAUAGGUAUAAAUUAAAUAAAAUUGUCAGAAUUCUC